GCUUUGUGGAUGGGCCCUGGCUCCGAGCCGUGGAGAAAACGUGCACUCGGUCCGUGUGGCGUGUCAGUGACAAACAUACCCACCAGCCUUGAGAGGGAGCGGGGUGGCUUUCACCGCAAAACAACCCGAGAUAAAUUCGGGGAUUUUUUAAACUGGGAGCUGCGUGCGCACAUGCAUUCAUGAGCGUGUGCAGAUAUUUGUCGUUUUCGAGGAAUUAAAACAGCCGCUGGUGGAUCUGCCCGGACUCCCCGUGUUGCUGCAUGUGUCCCCCGGAAUGGACUGAUUUUACCUCCCCCAUUCAUCAAAGGCGUAUCUGAUAAACUCCGAAGUCUCAAUGGUUCUUGAAAGUGUUAGGAGAGAGAUGGACCGGAUCGAGAACACCAUGCAGAAGAAGGCUGCAGAGCUGGAGCGGCUCGCCGAGGUGCUCGUCACCGGGGAACAGCUAAGGCUGCGGCUCCAUGAGGCGAAGGUGAUCAAAGAUCGGAGGCACCACCUUCGAACUUACCCGAAUUGCUUCGUAGCCAAGGAGCUUAUUGAUUGGCUGAUCGAACACAAGGAGGCCUCGGAGCGAGAGACGGCCAUCAAGAUCAUGCAGAAACUUUUAGACCAGAGCAUCAUUCACCACGUGUGUGACGAGCACCGGGAGUUCAAAGACCUGAAGUUGUUCUACCGCUUCAGAAAGGACGACGGCACGUUCCCGCUGGACAGUGAAGCCAAGGUCUUCAUGAGGGGGCAGAGGAUCUAUGAAAAGCUGAUGAACACGGAGAACACCCUACUACAGACCAGGGAGGAGGGUGCCGUGUCAUUUGAGAGGACGCUGGUGGCCUCGGAGUUCAUCGACUGGCUGCUGCAGGAGGGAGAAAUGGCAACCAGGGAGGAGGCCGAGCAGCUCGGACGGCGGCUCCUUGAACACGGCAUCAUCCAGCACGUCACCAACAAGCAUCACUUUGUGGACGGGCCCCUCCUCUAUCAGUUCAGGAUGAACUUCAGGCGGCGGCGGCGGCUGAUGGAGCUUCUCCACGAGCGAAGCCGGAGCAUCCCCGAGAGCCACGACAGCCCCUUCUGUCUCCGCAAGCAGAACUCGGACGGCGGCAACACCAGCUUCCUCUCAGUGAGUCCCACGAAAGAGAUCAAAGUGGUGGUCGGAGCGCGUCGGAGCAGCAUGAGCAGCAGCUGCGGCAGCAGCGGUUAUUACAGCAGCAGCCCGACGCUCAGCAGCAGCCCACCUGUCCUCUGCAACCCGAAAUCUGUUCUGAAGAGACAAGUGAGUCCGGAGGAGCUACAGACGCCGGGAGGACCGUUCAUAAAGAAGACAUUCACCAUUGUGGGUGACGCCGUGGGCUGGGGCUUCGUGGUGCGAGGCAGCAAACCCUGUCACAUCCAGGCCGUAGACCCUGGUGGACCUGCAGCAGCUGCUGGUAUGAAGGUGUGUCAGUUCGUGGUGUCGGUGAAUGGGCUCAACGUCCUCUGCCACGACUACCGGACCGUCAGCAACCUGAUCCUGACGGGACCCAGGACAAUCGUGAUGGAAGUCAUGGAGGAGGCAUAAAUCUGAGCGACGGGAUUAGACCUCAUAAAACAGUAGAGCAGUAAUAACGCGGGGGACUACAAGGUUUGGCACUCGACCUCAAAACCGCGUCGACCGACCGGGGGAAACAUGACUCUGAAACUCACACUCUCUCUGUCCCAGCGUUUGUUUGGACAAGGUGGAUGACUGAGGAACGGUGUGCGUUUAAGAAUGCGCCAGCUCGAGCCGAGCAAAUGCUCCAACACGCAGGAUUUUUCCUCUAUGAAUUUAAAGAAACGUUUUUAAAAAAAAAAAAAAAAAAAGCACAAGAGCCACCACCACUUCAAGGUUUCAGUGAUCCAGCAAACACUUCAUGGAAAUCUGCAUUUCCUGUUAGUGUGAACUGCACCGUGACUCCAUUACUGAGAGGGACUUCAAAAGAUUUCAGGGGAAUCAAAAUAAAGUUUUGAUAUUAGGACCUGGAAAAGGCUGAAAUUGUAGAAAUAAGGAAGAAUAUUUCAUGGAUUCAUUUAGUAAGUCCCUGACGAUGGAUUAACACUGCCCUCUGCUGGGAAAGACGGGAAGACACAAAAAGAGACUUUUUAUACUUAAGCUACACAAGCUCAUCGGUUUCAGGGUUUUUCAUUGUUGUUUUUCCUUUCUUUGGGGAACCAUCAUGCUAAAUGGAAAGAAGAGAAUUUUUUGCAUGAAAAUCUAACAAAACUUAAUUGUUGCAGAGGCAGAUUUAUGCUUAGCUCUUAAGACGUAACGAAAAUGCAGUGAUAAACGACAUUAGCAGGCACAAUGUAAAUAGUUCCUUAAGAAAGUUACUUCAGACCUCACAGAGAGAAGAAGUCCUGUUUUAGAAAUAUCGAGACGUGUCGUGUUUAUUGGAAGUCUCGUCAAACUUAAACUGCCACAGCACUGAGAAGAUCUCCGACAAUGUUUGUUGAGAGGAUGCACGGACAUAGAAACUUCCACGAUGACACAGGAUGCCAUUAGCUGGGAGAGUUUGUUUAAAGGUGUUACACUUGCUCUUGACAUGCAAAGCGCUGCGUUCAAUGUUCAGAAGACAAAUACGUUAGAAUAAAAUAAAACUAUAGAUGUGUCCAUAACAUCCAUAACAGUGCCAAAUGAGUCUUAAACUACACUUGGACUAAUGUUGCACCAAUAAGCGCAGUAGAAAACUAUCGUUUAGAGCUAGAACAAAGCAGAUUCUACUGACUCUUUCAUUUUGACAUAUCUGAAAAUAGAAGAAUAUUAAGAAGUAGAAUGACUAUAAUGUGAGCACUUGGACUUUUAAAUAGUAGUUUAUAAUUUUCAAAAGCACUUCUGUGACAAUAGUUUUGAAUAGAAUAUGUAUCUGUGCGUACAUAUACUGUGUAUAUAUAACAAUGUGAGUUACAAUCCGACGUUCCUUAUUUGAAACUGAGGAAGAAUAACCUCCUGCCUGUCCCCUCGCUCCCUCCCUCCUUCGUUAUCCGGGUUAGCUGGAUGUUGUGCAGUGAAACCUGAACUCAGAAACACGUCAGUGUACGCCUGGUUUCAAAAUAUCCUGCCUGUCAGGUAUUUUUUUUGUUUUUUCUGGGUUUUUUUGUUUGUUUGUUUUUUUUUUUUUUUGAAACGGCAGCACUUGUUGAAUAAUUAAAUUGCAUCUGUCUCAAAAUCCCAAGGUUAACAUAUUUCUAGCAGUGUCCAGACACGAUAAUAUAUUUUGGUUUUUAUUUGUCCAGCUUUUGUGAUGUCCGUUGCUCUGAUCUCAGCCUCAAAAAUAAAUAAAUGUAUAAAUAAUAAUAAUAAUUAAAAAAAAAAAAAAGGUUUCAGCUUUUCACAGAAUAAUAAUAAAAAAAAGAGUUUCCAACGUCAGUUUUAAACAUUUUCAACCAGAUUUUUUAAUGCUUUUUUUUAAAAAAAAACGUUUAACAUGUUUUGGAAUUUGGUUGAAAAUGACCCCUCACAGAAACAUUAACUUGAAUUAGAGCAUUUGACUUAGCUUCUAAUAUAUAAGAGUUGUUUGUAUGUUUAUAGACUGUGUCAUCAUGUGCAUAGACAUACUAGCAUGAACAGACCAUAGAUGAAGCUAUAGUGACAUAAAAAGAAGAGCAUGGAUUCUCAUGUUGCUCACAUAGUGUUGGUCUAUAAACCUAUAAAGUAAUCUAAGUCUAUGUGUUUGUCUCAGAUAAAGCUACACAGCCUGUGGCAAUUUAGUCCUGAAGUUAAAUUAAACACAGAUACGGUGAACUCGUGUUUUCUAGUGCAGAUGAUCUUACAGUAUAUUCAGGAAGUCUUGACUGUAGAAUUAAUCCGUCACAGUGAACUGCCUCCGAACGUGGCGCAGUGGUCAUGUCGAUGACUUUUCUGAAGCGUGUUUAGAUGCGGUUGGCAGUAAAACGCAUGGGCGCUGUAAAUAUGUGCUUGUGUAGCUUCUUCUUCUUCUUCUCUUGAGGUGUCUGACAAAUCACUUCAGAUGCAUUCGACCCUGGAGAGGUCUGUGUUUCCACACACUUUCUGCACAGCGGACACGUCUCCUGGAGAUACACAACACACAAAACUUCCUCAAACUACGUGCAAACAUUUAGAAAAAUGUUAGAAAACAUUUUUUUUUUUAGAUCUUCUAAGCCAUAGAUAAUAUCCUGAGUCUGUGACGUUUCAAGUCUCAGUGAAAUAGUUGUUAUAUGACACCAUACGACACUCUGCUAAAACUGUCUGUUCAAAGUUAAUUCAUUUUUUUAUACAUGGAACCGUUCAGCACAUUUCUACAGUAAAACAAAAUAUAAAUAAAUGGCAGAAAGCAAUUGUCACUAAACCACAGGGUUUUCAUCAGUCUGCUGUAUAGAUGUCACUGGGUCCAGUUUUCCUCAUUAUAUUUCCCUUAUUAAUUAAAAACACUAUUUGUAGCUCAUUCUUUGUUCUUUUCGCUGUCUGGGAGGUCAUCUGGUUGAAGGAUUGUUCUGUGUCUCAUGUCAGCUUUUAUCGGCGACAGAAUUUGACUUCAAUGGUCGCAAUUGGAUUUAGAGAGUUACGCAGGAGUUUGGUGUCUGUGAAAGUUUUGAAGGUUCUUUGUUUUUUUGGGUGCUGGGUUUUUGAACGGGUCUGACUGAAAGCCGUCGCCUUAAGGACAAAUGUCGCUGCUAAUCACAGUUGGUGGCCACGUGAUCCACGUGGUUCUGUUCCCAGCUCUGGUGUCUCCCAGUUUAUACCAGGUGAUCACGCUUCAGUUGAGUUUCGACAAUCAGCGCUUUACAGAUGCCACCUUUACGUAGCAGAACAGUUACUUUGAGAUCAGUGAUCUGUCCGAAUGUAUUUCGCGGCCGUCUUCUUCGCUGUACUGCUGCCAGUGUUAAUGACUCACACUACUAAAGGGAUUCUUUUGUGUUCAGCUCUCAGGGCUGAGACUUCUUCUUCUGCAGGUACAGCCGUGUGUUUGUUUUUCUCCGCUAUCCGAGAUUUGAAUGUUGGGUUUUUCAAGACAAUAUCAGCUCACAGACUGUUCUGAUGAAGCAGCUAAAGCUCAUCACGAUGUUCUGUUGUAUCAAAAAAAGUUGAUUAAGUGUUUAAUAAACAACCUGAUUAGA